AUGAUUUCACGAAAACCGAUUUUUCAAAAACCUGCGGAUGAUAUUCUUUACCCAGUUAGAAACAAAAAUGGGGAGAUUGAAACACUGGUAAACCCUAACAUAGAUACAGCCUUAACAACAGAUACAGAUUCUAAAACUAAUGUUGUAUAUAAUCGCUAUCACCACUUACCUUUAGAAACACAAAGGCAGAGGCUCCCUGUCUUUCAAUACAGAAACCACAUAUUGUAUUUGUUGGAGAAAUAUCAGACCUUGAUAUUAAUUGGUGAAACGGGUUGUGGGAAGUCUACUCAAGUGCCACAGUAUGUUUACGAAGUGGGUCACAAAGUGUGCGUGACCCAGCCUCGUGUCACGGCGUGUGUGUCGCUCGCGUGUCGCGUCGCUGAGGAGAGAGGGGCUACACUCGGUGAAGAUGUUGGUUACGCUGCCGCUAUGACAUCCUGCAGGACGCCGGAUACUGGCAUCGUGUUUAUGACAGAAGGAGUUCUGCUGAGGGAAAUGUUCGCGUCACCACUUCUAAUGCAGUACACCUGCAUUGUGCUAGACGAGGUCCACGAGAGAUCCCAAAUGACGGAUGUUUUGAUGGGGCUUUUGAAGAAAAUAGCUAAGAAACGGAAAAAUUUGAAAAUCGUCGUCUCCUCGGCGACAAUGGAUGCCGAGUUUCUGAAAGAUUUCUUCAAUUUAGGCGAUAAGAACAGCCAUACGAACACAUCUGUCAUUAUGUCCAUGCAGGGAAGGACGCAUCCGAUCGACGUGUUCUACGUGGAAGAACCAGUAGCGGACUAUGUAAAAGCGACCGUAGACACAGUCAUCAAAAUACACGAAAACCAGCCGUUUGGGGACAUUUUGGCAUUUCUGACUUCACAAGAAGAAAUCCUCGCAGCACUAGAUACUAUACAAAUAUACGCCGAAGAAAAUAACGAAAAGAAUAAAUAUCGUAAAAGUUUUUCGAGCGGUAUACAAGCGGCGAAUCUGUCAGUGUUGCCAAUGUACGGGAGUCUCCCGCUCUAUCGGCAAAUUAAAGUCUUUCAAAUGGGAGACAAGAAUGUCAGGAAAGUCAUACUGGCGACUAAUAUUGCCGAAACCAGUGUUACCAUACCGGGAAUUGUUUACGUGAUCGACUGCGGGUUCCACAAGCUGCCCUACUUCGAUCCGGUGCUGGGCGUGGAGUGUAUGUCCGUCUGUCCCGUCUCGCGACACAACGCGACGCAACGAGCCGGCCGGGCCGGCAGAGUGGCUCGGGGGAUGUGCUACAGACUGUACACGGAAGCGGAAUACGAGAAGUUGCCCGAGAGCGUUCCUCCGGAAAUGUCUCGGAGCGAUUUGUCCUCGCUUCUGCUGCAGCUGAAGGCUCUGGGCAUUCACAACCUGCUGAGAUUUACAUUCCCGACUCCUCCGCCGGCCAAGAGCCUUCUGUCGGGGUUGGAGACUCUGUACGCUUUGGACGCGAUAGACAAAGCCGGGAACCUGACCGAGGCCGUCGGGAACAAAAUGGCCGAACUGCCCCUCAGGCCCAUGUGCGCCAAGAUGUUGUGUAAUAGCGGUGAAUUCGGUUGUGUCGACGAAGUGCUCUCAAUCGUGGCGAUGCUGCAGGUGGAAGGCGUCUUCGUCAGACAGGUCGCGGGGAAGGACAAGAUGACUGCGAGAGUUGUGAGGCGGAAUAAUUUUGAGGUGGUCGAAGGUGACUUAAUUAUGUACUUGAAUGUGUUCGAAUCUUACUCGAAAGUUAAAAAUACACAGAGAGAUGAAAAGUUGCAACGGAAGGCUUGCAAGGACUGGUGUCAGAAGAUGUUCAUCAAUUACCGGGUUAUGGAAAAGGCCUGUGAAAUAAGGAAGAGCUUGGAGAAAUUGAUCAAGGAAAACUUCAAAAUUGAAAAUAAAGAAUUCGAAGGUCUCGACUUAGGAACCGCCAAAAGCCGGCGCGUGAUGAAGUGCGUGGUGUCCGGUCUGUUCCCUCAAGCGGCCUCUCUCAGCGUCGAGGGCUCCUACAAGGGAAUCCGAGGGGCGAAGCUCCACAUCAGCCCCGAUAGUUGCCUUUUUCACGUUCAACAGCCCACUUGGGUGGUGUUCGCGAGCGUGCAGAGCACGGGAGACAAGGUGUUCAUGAGGGAGAUGAUGACGAUCGAGAAGGAGUGGCUCCUGGAGAUCGCCCCCCACUUCUACACCCACCUCUGA